AUGGAUAAAACCAUUCAAGAUCCUGGCAUGAGUCCAUCAGUUGCAAACAGCAGCAAGUCCCAGGUUAUGCAGUUUGAAUCCUGCCAUCCUUCUCUUCCUGCAAUCUUCCUGCUCAUCACGGCGUAUGCAAUAGUCACGCUGGUGGGGCUUGUUGGCAACCUUUGCCUGAUUGUUAUCAUCAGGAAACAGAAAGAGAACCAAAACGUCACCAACAUUUUGAUUGCCAAUCUCUCCAUCUCUGAUAUCUUCAUUUGUGUCAUGUGCAUUCCUUUCACUGUGGCAUACACUUUGAUGGAUUAUUGGGUGUUUGGAGAAGCCAUGUGUAAACUAACUUCCUUUGUGCAAAGCAUGUCCAUCACUGUCUCUACAUUCUCCCUUGUGUUAAUUGCUGUCGAGAGGUAUCAGUUAAUAGUGAACCCACGUGGUUGGAAGCCCAACAUUUCUCAUGCAUUCUGGGCAAUUAUCUUCAUUUGGGCAUUUUCUCUAAUAAUAUCAACUCCCUUUUUCAUAUUCCACCAAAUCACUGAUGAUCCCCUUAGAAACCUUUCUUACCACAAUGAUAUCUAUGCCAACAAAGUUGUCUGCAUUGAGGUGUGGCCAUCCAUUGAAGAGCGGCUUGGCUUUACCACCACCAUGUUAGUUUUCCAGUAUUUCUUCCCACUUGUGUUCAUUUUCAUCUGUUAUCUAAGGAUAUUUGUAUGUCUACGGAAGAGGCAUAAUAAAGUCGAUAAAGUUAGGGAGAAUGAGAACAGACUAAAUGAGAAUAAAAGGAUUAACAUUAUGCUGAUUUCAAUUGUUCUGACCUUUGGGACAUGUUGGUUACCCCUGAAUGUAUUUAACAUAGUGUUUGACUGGAACUAUGAGGCCCUCAUGAACUGCCACCAUAAUGUGGUCUUUACCUUGUGCCACUUAGUAGCCAUGAUUUCAACAUGUGUCAAUCCAGUCUUCUAUGGAUUUCUUAACAAGAAUUUUCAAAAGGAUUUGGUUGUUCUGCUUCAUAAUUUGAGAUGCUUUGAAUCUCGAAGGAUAUAUGAGAACAUUGCCCUUUCAACUCUGAACACUGAUGUAUCAAAGGGCUCCUUGAAACAAAGUUCCCCUGUCCCUGCAGAAGAGGCUAAUAACUAG